AGGCAGUCGUCAACAUUUAACAGUUGAACAACCAUUAUUAUCAUAUUAAGCCAGUUAAUACCCGCAGAUGUCUGUCCCCUCUCCCGAUGCCCUACUGCCGGAAUGUCCCCUUCUUCUUGCAGUGCCCGCAUUAGACGUGCGAUGGGUACACGCAGGUGCUCAACAGCUCAAUCUUCUUCCGAUCCCUAUCACUUCUGCUUCAAACAGCUUUAAAGCGUUCUCGAAAAACGAGUCCUCAAGGAUAGAACUACGGUGGCAAAGCACAUCGGAGUCUGAGAGGUCCAAAGCAAUCAAAUCGUGGGGAAGAAAUGACGGCGAGGGGGCUUUUCAAAGUCAAGAGGAAAUAGUAAAACAAGGAGAGGAGAUCGGCCAUGAUGAUGAGCCAGCGAAAGGGAGUAAAGGAUGCGACGCGAUAGAUCGGCCAGAUGCACAUACAGUUGAUUCCAAAAUGAAGAGGGAAGAUGCAGAGGAGCAUUUGGAUCUGGACGUGGAUGAUAUGCCAUCUGGACAAGACCAAAUCAACAAGCAAUAUCAUACAUUAUUACUCGAAGCCAGGAGAAAGAACGAUGACUUGGACUUAGUCCAAGGUAUCCCCGUCAGUCAAGACUCAUUAUUUGAGGUAUCACUGUCGACUCUGUCGCUUCAUCCAGUAUUUUGGGCUCAUACAGGCCCACGAGUGGCAGUGUUGCGCGGAACAUGGUUCGUAAAUGACGAAUCGAGGCCUUGCUGCUGGGAGCUUGCCGAGGAGCUGGAGAAGGCUUUCCUGGAGAUUCAACCGUGGCAACGAUCAUACAGUCACGAGCUCGCUACGGCAUUGUCGCUGGGAUCCUCAGGGGAGGAAAAAAUCAAAUAUACUCUUCCUUCGAAAUUUGGAGAAGGUCUGGGCAUUAUCUUUGAAGACAGUGCAAAGGGCCGCAUUGUAACAUCCGGAACUCUCACAUAUAUCACACGCUUGUUUUGGUCUUCUUUAAAAGCCCGGCCCACUGGCACAUAUGUCUAUCGGGGCUACAGUGCUGCGUGUUCGGCGAAAGUGGAAGUGGCGGCAGAUACUACAGCUACUCUCGUGGAUUCCGAAGGAACCACUCACGUCAAUACCAAAAGCCACUCUUACGAAAAAGAUGAUACUCAGGAUGGACGUCUUAAUUUACCCGGGAAUCAAAGGCACGACCAGGCCUUAACUGCUCUGGACACUGCGUUCAAAGACGUGAAGGAGACUGCAGGACAGGCCAUAGAAGGAGUGAAAGAGGGAUUCAAAGAUUACGAUCUUCGAGAAGAGCGACGCCAGACUCCAGCGCCAGGAAGCAAUGAUGAUGAACGAAAAGCGCUGGAAGAGGAAAAUGCUCCUUUAGUCCACGACACCGAAGACGUAAAUCCAUGUACUGACCUUAUUCUUGUAGUACAUGGCAUAGGGCAGCAACUUGCUGCUCAGCAUGAGGCAUAUAACUUCGUUUAUGCUGGCAACCAGUUGCGACAGAUGCUUAGAAAGCAAACCUCCAACCCCGCAGUCGCUUCAAUCAUAAGAGAUCGACGAUGUCAAGUACUUCCAGUACAAUGGCGAACAUCACUCAACCUGGAUGAACGGAAAACUGAAGAAGAGUUGCUCCACGGGAUAGAAAACCGUUUUACCAUAUCUGGAAACUCAAUCCCUUAUGUCCGUGAACUUACCAACUCUGUACUACUGGAUAUACCUCUCUUUAUGUCACAUCAUAGACAAAAAAUGAUUGAGGCUGUCUGUACGCAGGCCAAUAAACUUUAUCGUCUUUGGAUUGCUAGAAACCCACACUUUGAAGAGUAUGGAAGAGUCCAUAUCAUUGCUCAUUCCCUUGGAUCCGCUUUGGUAGCUCAUAUUUUAUCCAAUCAAUCCACCAAAAUGCCACGAUUAUCGCAGCUUCCUAAACAGGUCAUUUCCGAAACAAUGGACCGCUUUCUUUUCAAUACAAGCAACCUUUUCCUUGUAGGCAGUCCUCUUGGGAUCUUCCUCCACCUUGAGCAAGCUCAACUUAUGCCGAGAAAGGGGAGGGAAAGGACUAUGCACUCUCCAGCUGAUGAAGCGCUCGACCGAGCGGGAAGAUUCGGAUGCUUGGCUGUAGACUCCCUUUACAAUGUCUUUUACCAUACGGACCCUAUUGCCUAUCAAUUGAAUGCAGCUGUCGACUCCCAACUAGCAUCUCAAAGGCCCCCUCUCGCCAUAAUGUCCAUGACAGCGCCCUUUUAUGCUCCAGUCGCAGAUAGCAUCAGUUCCAUCUCAAAAUAUUUACCCGUCAUACUUGGAGGGGGUGGGGGCAAUGAUACAAGAUCCGGUAAUAGGCCCGGUAUCUUUCGACUCCCAAGUGGGAUCGAGAUGGCAGGUCCUAAUGGCGAAGAGAAGCUCCAAGGAUCUCGAGGCGAAAGACGAUUUUCUGCCCUAAAUCCACAUGGCAACGUGGAUUUCUUCUUGCCCUCUGCUGGAGUUAACGAGUAUCUAGAUAUGUUGACUGCUCAUCUUUCGUAUUGGACAGACUCCUCUUUCGCGGCAUUUCUCCUAACUGAGAUAUUUUCUACACGAUUAGAUCAAAUGAGGACUGGAAUGGGCUUAGCAAAUCAACCACCGUCUGAAAAUGGAGUAAAUAUCUAAUCUCUAUCAAGUAAUACACAUCUCGAUAGUGCACAGCAUGAUUAUUCACAAGCUGUUUGAUAGCUUUGCUAUUAUUGAUCAGGUCCAUAAUUCAGUAUGGACACUUUUGUAUCAUCAGUGGAGGGCAGUACUUGGGUCGUAUUUCGAGGAAACCACGGCAGGGCAUCGAGCGAUAUAGCAGUCAAUGCGGGUGGCAUUCUAAUAUGUAUAUGGGGGAUAGUUAGUUAGCGCUAUCAUUACUUCACGAGUAUGGAGCUGCGAGCUCAUCUUAAAUGAUGUACCAUCACUAUUCU